AUGGAGGACCACAUCAAUGUGGCCAUUCGCAUUCGCCCGCUCAACCAGCGGGAGGUUCGCAACUCGACCACAGUGGCACUGAACCAGCUGCCAUGGCACGUAAACCGCGACACCAUCAUACAGAGGCAGUACCACGACGGACGCUUUAGUCAGGGAAACUCGUACACAUUUGAUAAGGUGUUUGAUCAGAAAGACACAACGCAGAAAGUCUACGACAACAGUGUGAAGGGGAUCAUCCAGUCGACGCUGGCAGGAUUCAACGGCACGAUAUUUGCGUACGGACAGACGUCUUCGGGCAAGACCCACACAAUGCACGGUAUUCGCGACAUGUUUAGCAAGAUCGCGCAGGAUGAGAGGCGCGAGUACCUGCUGCGUGUGUCGUUUUUGGAGAUCUACAACGAAGUGCUGCGCGACCUGCUCGAGCCGUCCAAGGCCAGCCUGAAGAUCCACGAGAACGCGAAGCGCGAGAUUUUUGUUGGCGAUCUCUCUGAGCAUAUCGUGUUCAACGCAGAGCAGGUGGAGGAGCUGCUUGCCAAGGGCGACCGCAAUCGGCACAUCGCUGGCACAAACAUGAACGAGCGUAGUAGCCGAUCGCACACAAUUUUCCGCAUUGUGGCUGAGAGCCGAGAAAAGUCUGAGGCAGGGUCGGCAGAUAGCAGUAGCCAGGACGGCGACAUGGAUGUGGAUCAGGAAAAGCACCAUCAGCGGCUCAGCUCGGGAAGCUUGGGCGAGACUGGCGAGUUUACCGGUGCUGUAAUGGUGUCGUGCCUGAAUUUGGUCGACCUGGCCGGCUCCGAGCGGGUUGGGCUCACUGGUGCCGAGGGACAGAGGCUGAAGGAAGGUGGCCAUAUUAACAAGUCGCUUUUAUCGCUGAGCACAGUCAUUGCUCGCCUGUCUGAAGACGGCGGUGAUCGUGGUCACAUCCCGUAUCGCGACUCGAAGCUGACACGCAUCUUGCAGCCAUCGCUAGGCGGCAACGCGCGCACAUUGAUUAUAUGUACAAUUACGCCAGCGCAGGACUACGUUGAAGGAGUCGCUGUCGACGCUCAAGUUUGCGUCUCGCGCCAAAACCAUCCAGAACAAGCCCGAAGUCAACGAGGAGCUGCGUGGCGAUGCCCUGCUUCGUCGCCUCAAGCGUGCCAGCGAGCUUGAGAAGGAGGUUGCGCAGAUGCGUGAUUUGGAAAAGAAGAAGAAUAAAAUCGAGGCCGACAACGAGGCUGCUACUGCGGCAACUGUGGAAGUCGCAGAAGGAGCGGGAGCGACUGCAAAAGGAACUUGAGCAGCAGCAGAGCAAGAUGUUUGCUGAGCGCCCUAGCUGGAAAUGACAAGGGACCGGUUGAUGCCGCCCUGACACCACGCCGGCAGACAUGGUUCCCAGGACUUCAGCGCUCUACCGACGGCGGCACAAUGCCAAUCAACUUUACCAACGACAGUGAAGAUG